CGCAACUCACAUUUCAGUAGAAUCGAUGCUGCACACUGUUGUGAAUGGCAUCCCAGCCUGAUAUAUCUUAACCCCUGCAUGCUGGAGCAUCACCUGCCGGCCGAUACAAGGACCCCAGAAGCAUAUUUAAACUUUUGCUAAGCCAACCACUCGGAGAACUGCAAUUACCAACCCGGCAAUCUCUGCAGACGACGACCAUGUAUUGUUUUCAGCCGCCCCCGGCUACCGAAACAUCUGCAUCGUUGUGCCGGACUUGAAGCCGAAUAAGAUCGCCGCGGGUAAAGCCAUCAAGAGUCUGGACCGUUUACGGCAUUCUCAAUCAGCGACGCCACGGCAGGAAUGUAAAGUAUAUAUCUCGAGUCAUGAACAGUGGACCGUGUCCAUAUCUCCCUCCCUUCCCCCCUCUCUUGCCAUCGUUCCUUCAACUCCUCUCGCAAACAUCGCCAUUAUCAGCGUGCAAAAUGGGUCUUUUACAACUGGCAGCAACCGUGUUGGCUCUGGGCAGCAGUGUCCAGGCUGCCCCAGCGCACGAGAUUGCUCCCCGUCAAGCGAGCGUCAAAUACUGCGAUCCUGUUUCCACCAUCUGCUAUUCCGAGUGGAUUUCGCCAGAGAGAAUUGCGUUCCGCACUGCCAUUCCCGAGAAUGCCACUGCCACGGCCGACUUUGAUGUUCUAGUCCAGCUUCAAGCACCCAAAUCUGUUGGGUGGGCUGGUAUCGCGUGGGGUGGCACCAUGGUCAACAACCCCUUGACUGUUGCAUGGGCCAAUGCUGCGACCGUUGUCGUUUCUUCCCGCCGUGCUACAGCAAGAACCUACCCACAGCCAUGGACUGGCGCCACUUAUACGGUUCUCGGCGGCACCGUUGCCAAUAGCACCCACUGGACUGUCAACUUCCUUGCCAAGGGCGUCUCGAACCUGGGGACAUCCAGACUCAACCCCUCCAGCACGACUGCCAGCAUUGCUUAUGCCCAGUCCAACCAGGGUCCGUCAAGCCCAUCUGACCCAGCCAGCCGCUUUGGAAUCCAUAACACGCGUGGAAAGUUCUCGCACAACCUCGCUCUGGGCAAGAUUAGCAACUUUCGUGCUGCGGUAGCUCAGUUGGCCUCCGAGGCAUAA